AUGGCAGCACACCACCGCAGAACUUCUUCCAUCUCCUCCUUUGGCGACAUGGAUCCCCACGGAGCUUCGCCCCUCCGCGCCCGCAAGAUGUCGACUGGCGGCAACCGCUCGUGGUCUGAAGAAGAGGAAGCCUACCUCCUUCAGACCCGCAUGCAGAAGAUGCCUUACAAGCACAUUGCGCAGCACCUGAAGAAGACCGAACUCGCCUGCCGCCUGCACUACCACCAACUCAGCCAUGGCUCGCAUCGCCGCAAGCGCAAUGCCUCCAUCUCCUCGACCACCUCCUCAAUUGUCUCUGGCUCCACCAACACGACCCCCUCGCAAUUCGAGCUCCCCACCGAGAUUGCCGAGGAGUACACGCAGACCAUGACGCCUCCGCGCCAGGAGUCGCCUAUGAUGACCAUUGAGGCGCAUCAGCAGAAGAUCCUUCUCCCUCGCCUGCACCCGCGCAUCAUCACUCCUCAGUCUUCGCCGGAGCCGCGCAUGGACCUGCGCAUCGACACCAACCCUGGCACCGUUCACAGCAACGCCAACUCGGCCUCCACCAUGAGCGCUGCUUCUGGCAUGAUGAUGCCUUUCCACCACCAUGGCUACCAGCAAGAAAGCCAGCGGCUGCCGUCGACUCUGACCAACCCUUCUGAUGGCCACAGCCGCCACCACUCGCGCGCCUCUUCUCUCGGCCCCGUCGACACUGCUCGCCUGCGCAACAUCUACGAGGCCCACCGCACCGCCUUCUGGGCCGCCGUUGCCGCGGACUACGGUCCGGAUGCCAGCGCCGCGCAGCUCGAGGACGUUUGGCGCCAGGGUGGCAGCGGCAGCCCCCUGUGCCCCAGCUUCUUCAACAAGAGCGACAAGGGUCUCGGUCUGCACAUCCCGCGGCCGCCAACGCCUCCGGGCGAGAGCCCGAAGGGAACGACGCUAGGUAUGGGGUCCCUGCAGGCGCAGCUCCCGCUGCCGAGUUUCAAGACCAGCGGUUGGGCGGCGGUGAACAAGCAAGAGCCGGUGGGCAGCAGCGAGAGAAGAGAAAGCCGGACGGCGAUCUCCGCACUGCUCACCGAGGAGCGGGAUCCGAGGCCGUGA